GCACAUGUUUGAUGGCUGAGACAUGAAAGACUGACUGGACUGGCCUGGCCUAACGUCUGCGGGCCUUGAAUCAUGUCCGGGCUUAUGCUUGAGCUUUUAGCGGUUACAUCCUUGAAGCAUCAAUUUUGGGUCCGUUCGCAUGGGAUGGACUGGCCUGGCGUCCCCCCUAUGCCCCCAUGCAGGGGGAGCUGAUGACGAUUAACUGAACAGGUUAUUCGUAUUAAUGAAGCAAGGCCACUCAUACACAAAAAGAUGACGCGCCAGAUCGACACGGGGAAUCCAUCCCAUCCAUAUUAACGUUGCACCCAAGCCUGCCAAGCUCUGCUCUUCUGUCUCUGCCUUUCUUCUUCUUCUUCUUCUCCUCCUCCUUCGCCAAGAGCUGCCAACUGUUCACGAUGCACCCGCACCAACGUCAAUCUAAAUCUACCUCUCCUUAAUGACCGUCGUACGUCCGUCGGAACCGCCGAAAUCAUGGCCGCUCAGUCUGGGGAGACAGGCCAGACGGGGCCCAUUGCCGUGUCGUUGCCGGUCAACAUGGCCAUCGCGGGCCUCUUCGCCAUAGCGUGCUACAACUGUCUCGAGAUCCUCAUCUCGCUACUGAGUCGCUUCAAACGGCACGAUGGUCUCUAUUUCUGGAGCAUGAUGGUAGCGACCCUGGGGAUAUUGCUGCACAGCAUCGUUGUCAUGUUGAGGUACUACAGCUUGGGGCCCAAUUUCUUGCUCUGCGUUUUGACGUGCGUGGGCUGGUAUGGGAUGGUCACCGGUCAAUCUGUCGUGCUGUAUUCUCGACUACAUCUCAUCGUUGACGAUAAGUCGAAGACACGAUGGGUUUUAUACAUGAUCAUCAUCAACUUCUUCAUACUACAUGUCCCGACGACGGUCCUCUUCCUUGGAAGCAACACCAAACACUCAGCCCGCUACAUCGGCGCCUUCAACGUCUACGAGCGCAUCCAACUCGCCGGCUUUUGCAUCCAAGAAACAAUCAUAUCAGGUCUCUACAUCUGGGAAACGUCGCGAGGCCUCAAACCGAUCUUUGCCGUGCGCAAGAAGAUGGAGCGCAAGAUCAUGCGAUACCUCAUCGUCGUCAACAUCCUCGUCAUCCUCCUCGACAUCAGUCUCAUCGUCACGCAGUACAUGAGCCACUUCAACAUCCAAACAACCUACAAACCCGUCGUGUACAGCAUCAAACUAAAAAUGGAGUUCGUAGUGCUCAACAAAUUGUUGCUCCUCGUCCAGCACAGUGAUUGCAAUUGCAUGCACAUCGUCGGCGAACCCGAAACCCCACCGCCAGAUCCUUCAAACGUCGAAUGUCAAUCAAUCGGACGAAAUUCCUCCACGCGGACAGGGAGCGACGUUCCCUUUCAAUCAAAUGUCGCCCCGAUUCAGAUGAACCACGUACAAAAGUACAGUACCAACGCAUCGUCACAGUCGGGAGGUCGUCACCAAAAGGCCAGCCCAUUAAACUUUCUCGACUACUGACGAUUACUCACCCCACACACAAUGUACAACUACGACGCCUCUGUAAGCUCUUCAAACAGCCACUGAAGCACGACCCUCACCGCUGUUACGAGUUUCCCAACUCAACUGCAAAUGCCGAAGCCAUCACUCGACACUGAGGCUGCCGUAAGCUAACAGCGCCACAAAGCCACCACGGCAAUAAAUAACUUUAGCCGUGUCGUUUCACCCAUCUCGCCAUUCGUCAUAGGGCGCCUGAGUUGGAGUUGGCAUUGCGUCUUCUGACCCAUCUCAGUGAUGACCUGGCUACAUACAACAUGGUCUUGGGACCAACCACUUACAAUCUACGAGGAUGACGCCGCCCAGAAAGAGGCGCAGAGCGACCUCGAAUUGAACAGAAUUGCCUCAUUUGCAAUUCGGCAUAUCAUAUCAUUGGGAGGAGUUCAGGAUUAAGGACAGUUCAUUUACCAGGGGGGAAAACGGAACCCGACUAGCAACAUUGAUACCCAUUGAUUCUCAUAUAUAUCAUUUACGAUCGUAAUACAAAAAGCCUCAAGACCAAAUUAUUCAAAAUCCUCGAUUCUCGUUUUUAUCCUGGCUGUGUCCUUCCAGCGAAGGACAAGCUUAUGAUCGUGCUCACGCGCUACGCGACGCCAAAUUCGAAGCAUGUCUUCCUCCGGCGGCUGCAGCUUCUUUCCGACGAUUCUCAUACACGGCUCGACUUUGGCGCUGUUGUAAGAGACCCUGUAGCUCCCGAUCACUCCGACAUUGAUGACCAUUCGUUGUAGCCUGGGCAUAUGAGAAGCUGCCUGCCCGGCUGCACAGAGGAGUUCGUGUGCAUAGUCUGGAUCAAUCGGACCUCUGAAUUCAUUGACGUUGAAAUUUGAGUAAUAACCUCGCGGCCGCCCACUCGGUGGGCCCCAUCGUUUGGUUUUGAAGAUGUCAGUGUUCGGGCCGUCCUUAUAGGGCACCGCAAGCCACUUUCCAGUGGGGGCGAUGGCAAGAAACCCGAUCUUGUAGGUUUCGAGUUUGGACCAGCCUGGACAGCUAGACAGAGCUUCUUCUGAUGGGCCCAUUACACUCAGUUCGAAACUGCCCUCGGCCGAGAAUCGCGUAAUAUUCUCUCGCUGCGAGAAGUUGAAGAGAGCUUGGCUGAGGUGAUCGCAGUUUUCGUCUGGAUCUAGUAUACUGGCGGGUAUGUGUGCAUGAUCCCGUGGUAUACCUCGUGAAUAAUGAAAAUUGAAGUCGUAGAUGCCUCGCGGCAAGAUAGACAGCGAACUUGCGAGCUCUACAGAACUGUCAGCGACUCAGGUUUGCAGUCCACGGAGAUCUUACUCUUUCUCAUAUCAAUCCUGAGACCUGGAUCUUUCAACUCUCUAUCGCUGAGGUGAAGUUUGAGCUUCUUCAGAUGUGGCAUCUUGCUUGCAAAGAUGCAUGCCGUGUGAGGUUCGAAGCAUAAACUCCAUGAGACGAGUUCAAAACUGCACGAAGCUAUGGACGGCAAUUCUGGUAGUUCCUCGCCGUUGUGGUUCAUAUCAAAAUAGAUAGUUGUAAGCCAGGGACCCUCUAGGGUAUUUGCUUCCAUCUCUUCAGGGCUGGAAAUCCGACUCAGUCCAAAUUCCCGGGGGAUUGGGAAUCCGAACCGUAUAUCGAUGUACGGUUCCUGAUUCUCGUGGACAGGAGCCAAUUUAAGGGCGUUGAAGAGGAUUCUCAUGAUCUUGGCGAACACUCUAUCGUAGCCUCUGUCUCUCGGGUGGGGAAAGUCAAUCACGCUAGUGACAUAGUCCCCAUCGCCAUCACCUUCAUGUUCUUCGAACUCAUCCUCAGAUGAGACAUAGCCUGCAUCAUCUCUAGCUCUCAAAAAGUCCCCUCUUACAUCAAGUCCAGGAGGGAAAAUGAUGGGAGUAUCCCAUGGUCGCGGAAGGGGAAAGGCGAUGAGAACAGCGAUAAAGCGAACAUACCCCAGGCGCCGUUCAGUGAGAUACCCGUGCUGUGCCGCUUCAAUCAGCCUCUUGGGCGAGAUGACAAGGGUAUGGAAAGUGAAUGGCUCAAAGGCGAGCUGCCAAUUGUGUGAGACGGCGGCGUAUGGGGCAAGGGAAUUGUGUCGAGAUAACGUCCGGGGGGUCUUCAACGUGUCAUUAGAGUCCCAGACGUCGAAGACGGUGUUGAUGUCAAUUUGCGGUCCACACGCAGCAGCCUCCGCUGCGAUCAUGGAGAGGAGCUCAGUCGAGAGGCGAUCCAUUUUGAGUUUGGGAAGCGCUGGCGGUUAGUUAGAGUUAGUCUAGACUAACGGAGAUUGUUUGAUGAUAUCGAUACGUAAGCGGGCGCGAAUGAGAAUGGGGUUCUCACGUGAUCGACGUCACGAGUCUCAAGGUCAAGGGAAGACAUGCAAGUCAGCAAGACAAACCUCAUGUCACAGAGAGAGUUCACAAGGCAAUUAAUAGUGCUUUACUAUUCACUGACAUUUAGGCCUUGGAAAAAAAGAUUGAUCAGAGU